GUGAAGCAGUGAACUGCUUCCUGUUCAGUCAGUCCAGAGUUGUACAUGGAAUGCUGAGAUGAUGAGGCCAAAGUUCCCCUGGCUGCUCUUGGCCUAUGCAUGCUGCUGGAGUACUGGCUUUUGUGGGAAGGUGGUGGUCUGGCCCACUGAUGCAAGUCACUGGAUCAAUGUGAAAGUGCUGCUGCAAGAGCUCGUUCUCCGGGGUCAUGAAGUGACUGUGCUGGUGCCCUCAACCAAUCUGCUCAUCAACUACCAAGACACUUCCUCCCCCUUCACCUUCGAGGUCCUGCAAGUCCCCUUUAGCCAGAAGACCCUGGAUGCUCUCAUGGAGGACUUCCUCAAUUUCUGGCUGAACGAAGUCUCUAAUGCCUUCCCCUGGGAGGUCAUGUGGAGGAUGAAAAAGGACCUGGAGGAAUUUAUCAAUAUGUCAAAGCAAACGUGUGACACCUUGGUGACGAACUCUCAGCUGAUAGCAAAGCUGCAGCAGGCCAAGUUUGAUGUUCUGAUUGCUGACCCCCUGUCUAUAGGUGGGGAGCUCGUUGCAGAAAUCCUAGGCAUCCCUUUUGUCUACAGCUUCCGCUUCUCUGAUGGGAAUGUGGUAGAGCGGCUGUGUGGUGGGCUCCCAUCCCCACCUUCCUAUGUGCCUGCUAGUACAAGUGGGCUGACCCACCACAUGUCCUUUAUGGAAAGAGUACAGAAUUUCCUCAUUUACUUCUACACGGAUUUAUUUUCCUUGAAGGUUUGGCGUGAUGAAUUGGAUGAGUACUACAGUAAUGUCUUAGGAAGACCCACAACGCUGUGUGAGACGAUUGGGAAAGCAGAGAUAUGGUUAAUCAGAACUUACUGGGAUUUUGAAUUUCCACGCCCUUUCCUGCCCAACUUUGAGUUUGUUGGAGGACUUCAUUGCCAGCCUGCAAAGCCACUACCAAAGGAAAUGGAAGAAUUUGUUCAGAGCUCCGGGGAACACGGCAUUGUGGUAUUCUCUCUUGGGUCAAUGGUCUACAACCUAAGUGAUGAAAAAAGUAAUGUGAUUGCCAAAGCCCUCAGCCAGCUUCCACAAAAGGUCCUCUGGCGGUACAAAGGGAAAAAACCAGAAACUCUGGGCUCCAACACCAGGAUUUAUGACUGGAUACCCCAAAAUGACCUGCUUGGACAUCCCUCCGCAAAGGCCUUUAUUACUCACGGUGGGACCAACGGGCUCUAUGAAGCCAUCUACCAUGGGAUCCCAAUGGUUGGGAUUCCCAUGUUUGCUGACCAGCACGACAACAUUGCUCAUGUAGUGGCAAAGGGAGCUGCAGUUCAGGUGGAUUUCAGCACACUGAAGACUCAGGACCUGGUUGAUGCACUGAAUACAGUCAUUUACAAUACCACCUAUAAGGAAAAUGCUCUGAAGUUAUCCAAGAUACAACAUGACCAGCCAGUUAAGCCUCUGGACAGAGCUGUCUUCUGGAUUGAAUUUGUCAUGCGCCACAAAGGAGCAAAGCACUUGAGACCAGCUUCUCACCAUCUCACCUGGUACCAGUACCACUCCCUGGAUGUUCUGGCAUUCUUGUUCACCUGUGUAGCCAUUGCUGUCUUCAUUCUUGUUAAGUGUUGCUUAUGUUGCUGUAGAAGAUGUGGCAGGAUUGCAAAGAGGAAGACAGAAUAGACAUCUUGUUCUCAUCAGCACUUUUUCUUCUCUUAGGCUGAUUCAGCAAGGCAUUUAUUAGGAUGUGCUUUAAACUGGGCAUAUCAUGAAGUGCCCCACUGAACAGGGUCAUGAUACAAAGCUGUUGUGGGGAAGAGCUGCUUGCUUAGCCAGCAAAUUCCUUCUGGCCUAAAUAAAAUUGAAUUAUAGUUGCUUUAGCCCUUGGGACCAUGUUAGCUGAUCAUACAUGGUCCCUACCAUGGUAAUUACUGCUCUAACUUUUUAAAUUCAUUUGGGUAUAUUCCAUAAAUUCAGCCUUCCUCUGUGUGGUACUGUGGGUCUGCAACUAGUAUCCUUACCUUAACUCUGUCCUCUCCUCUAGUGUCACCCAGGCUCGAUGAUUCUCAACCAUAAUGCCUCUCCUGUCAGAGUCUCUCCAGACAGGACAGUGAGGCUAAGAUCACAGGCUUCUAAAAAGUGCCCAGCUGAAGGGCUGUGAUCCUAAAAAUUGGGCACUGCAAGUGGCAAAUGCACUGACUACUUGGCGGCUGAGGGGAGACCAGAGUCCUAAGACCAUUAGAGAAGUUGCUUUUCUGGGAACCAUUUAUCUUUUCCUUUCAGUCUGGAGUCCUGCUGCACAGGCCAUCAUUCUAACUGCAACACUGCAGGGAUGUGAAAACCACCUGUCAGGAACUUGCCCGUUUUAAACCCCAAAUACCUCUGAGCCAUGCAAGAAAAACUCUAGAGAGGGAACUUGCAAAGCAGUAACAUUACAAGUGGGAACGGUGCACUGGUCACUUGCCUUGCCUGCAAAGUUUGAGGGAAAAUAAUGCUGCUCUUGGGUCAGGUAAGACUGGUACUAAAUGCAGUACUUCUUCAGUUGUCCAGGGUGUCUACUAAAAUGCUGCUAGUUAAGGCCUCCUGUUCUAGGUAAGGUUAUUAUGUGCCAGCUUACUUGAGAAAGAACCUGCUCCAAUUUUAACUGAUAUUUGCUGUACUCUGGAAUUGUUUUCAAACAGAACCGGCUGAGAAAACAUGAUUAUUUGUUUACAUAAUAAAAUUCCUUAUAUCUCAUCAACUUUUUUAUUAGCAUUGUCAUGUUUCAAU